CUCCGCCUUCUCCGCCUUCUCCGCCCUUUCUCAAUAUUUCUUAUCCAAUCCGGUAAGGCGUAGACCCCCGGCGUAGUAGGAAAUCCAGGAAAUCCAGGAAAUACGCGAGAAUCGUUGAGAACAUCACCACUCCCCCGCCGCUUCCUCCAGUUCUCUUUCAACUUUUCUCCCCCAUCAACCUCUCAUUGCGCUAUAAACUACACUGUUGUAGACAGACUCGCCGACAGACUCGCCGACAGACCCGCCGACAUCUUCCUCCCUCGACCUACCCAUCAAGCCGAAUCUGCAACUCACCUGCACUCAUCAUCCACCACCAACCUAUCGCCGUUGCUGCCGCCGCUGUACGCCUGCAUUUCCUCACAUCUCCGUCAUCGACCGGCGAUCAUUGCCUGUGCGAAACACCACCAGCACCGCCACCACUCCCAAGCUCGCUUAACAAUCAACUUCCCCUCCAAUCCCCACUAAACAGUUAUCGACAAAGGCCGACUUCACCUCCAAUACCCGGACCUGCCCCACCCCUCAAAAAGGUUCGAAUGGAGACGCUCAAGGCCUUCAUAAAGCAUGGGAAGCACGCACGAGUGACCCAGCCUCAAGCCGAACCAACAACCCACGUAUCACCCGUCACUGCGCAUCAACAGCGAUCUGCGAAUACCGAGUCCACCGUGUCACAAAAACGCGCAGAGGAGGCAAACAUGGCCUACCAGGCACAGAAAGAUGACGCAAACAGGAAGGCAGGUGGAAAGAAGGUAGACCCGGACACGCUCGCGCGCAUGGUUGCCGAAGACAAUGAGUCGAAGGGGAAGCUGCCGCGGUACCCCGGCCUCGAGAGAUGGCGCCUCAUUGAGAAGAUGGGCGACGGCGCAUUCAGCAAUGUAUACAAGGCCGUCGACCUCGAUGGAAGCGCGGGCGAGGUGGCCAUCAAGGUCGUCCGCAAGUUCGAGAUGAACUCAUCUCAGGGUGAUGAUCAUCUUCAUCCGGAUUUCAAGAAACCAAAGGCUGCUGAGAGAGCGAACAUUUUAAAGGAAGUCCAGAUCAUGAGGCAACUAGACCACCCCAACAUCGUGAAGCUCAUCGAUUUCUCCGAGUCGAAGCAGUACUAUUAUAUCAUCCUGGAGCUCGCACCGGGAGGAGAAUUGUUCCACCAGAUCGUCCGCCUGACCUACUUCAGCGAGGAUUUGUCUAGGCAUGUCAUCACACAGGUAGCCGAGGCGCUGGAGUACUUGCACGAGGAGAAGGGUGUUGUGCACAGAGAUAUUAAGCCAGAGAAUUUACUGUUUAGCCCCAUUCCCUUCAUUCCAACCAAGAACCCAAAGCUUAGGUCCGAUGAGGAAGAGGACAAGGUUGAUGAGGGAGAAUUCACCGCUGGCGUUGGUUCGGGCGGCAUCGGUAAGAUCAAGAUUGCCGACUUUGGUCUGUCAAAGAUCGUAUGGGAUACCCAGACCAUGACACCCUGCGGCACAGUCGGCUACACCGCCCCGGAGAUUGUCAAGGAUGAGCGCUACUCCAAGAGCGUCGACAUGUGGGCGAUGGGUUGCGUUCUGUACACUCUACUUUGCGGAUUCCCUCCUUUCUACGACGAGAGCAUCCAGGUCCUCACGGAGAAGGUUGCAAAGGGACAGUACACAUUCCUCUCUCCCUGGUGGGACGACAUCUCCAAGCCCGCUCAGGAUCUUGUCUCGCACCUACUCACCGUCGACCCAGAGAAGCGAUACACCAUCAAGGAAUUCCUCGCCCACCCCUGGAUCAAGAAUACUGCCGAGCCGACGCACGCGGCCUUUGACGCCCCACCUCUCGCCACACCUGCCACCGAGCGCAAGGAGCCUCUGCGCGCGUUUGACCGCGAGCUCCUUGAGUCGCCAGGGGCGCGCCGCAUGGACUUCCGCUCACCUGGUGCGGUCAACCUACGUGAAGUGUUCGAUGUUGGUUACGCCGUGCAUCGCCAGGAGGAGGAGGCGAAGCGCCGCAAGAGUCUCAUGGGCCGCGGCCUAGAGCCUAUUGGGGACGAGAAUGAGGGGGGCAUGCAAGGUGUUGAGCAGGGUCUGAGGAAUACAAGUCUGAGUGCUGCGGCAACGGCGAGGCAGCAGGCACAACCACAGGCGAAGGGAUAUGGACAGCACUCACCCGCUGUGGCUGCAGCUGCGAGGCAGCAGGUUAAGAAUCAGAGGGGGGCGUUCGAGUUGAAUCUCGAUGGCGCGACGUUGCUGGGGAGAAGGGGGCAGAAGGGGCUAGCGAGCGGGCUGAGGGAGUCCACGACUGUGAAAUGA